AUGGCACAUCGUUUAAAUCAACUGCGAACAUCAACUUUGACAACUCAUGAUCAAUUCACAUCUCUAUCAUCUACUGUUACGUCGUCUCCACGUACACCAGGAAAAAAACUUACUAAAGGUGAUCCUAUUGUUACUGGUAUUCGAUUACGUCCAUUUCUCGAACGAGAAUCUGCUAUUGAUGAUACACCAGCUGUACAAAUCUUUGAAAAUAAUGUUAUUUGUACACAAAAUAGUCGACCACAAAUAUUUAAAUUUACACAUUGUUUCGAUGCUUCUGCAAAAAAUAAAAAUGUUUAUGAUGGAAUAAUUCGAUCAGCUGUUCUUGCUUCUUUACAAGGAUACAAUACAACUGUUUUAGCCUAUGGUCAAACAGCAUCAGGCAAAUCACAUUCAAUAUUUGGUUCAUCAUGUGAAGAAGGCAUAUUAUCAUUAAGUAUUCAUGAUUUAAUAACAAUGAAUGGAAAUAAUCAUUUAAAAUUUGAAUUAAGUUUUCUUGAAAUUUAUAAUGAAAAAGUAACAGAUUUACUUGCAAUACCAACAACAUCAAAUGAACAUUCAAAUCAAAAAUCAUCCACUAAAUCUUCAACAACAUUAUCUUUCUCUAAACAAGCACGUACACAUAUUUUUAAUAAACUUGUACCAAAUUCAAAUACAACAAAUACUUCAACACGUACACUUGAAAUUCGUGAACAUCCUUCACUUGGUCCAUAUGUUCCUGAUUUAAAAUACAUUCAAGUUAAAAGUAAAGAAGAUUUUCAAAAUGUUUUAAAUUUGGGUAAUCAACAACGUUCAGUUGCAUCAACAAAUGCUAAUCAACGAUCAUCAAGAUCUCACGCUAUAUUUACUGUUAAAAUAAGUCGUAUUGAUAUACCACAAUCAACAAAUAUGCGUUUAUCAUUUGGAUUAAAUACAGCUCAUUCUUUAUCAAAUAUUGGAAAACAUUCAACAUUAUCUAGUUCAUCAAAGAAAAGUGCAAAACAACAAGCACAAGAUGAAUUAGAUGCACAAGCUGUACGAUUAAAUUUUGUUGACUUAGCUGGUAGUGAAAAGUCACAACAAUAUAAUGGAACUCAAGGGAAAAAUGAUCGAUUUGCGGAAAGUGUUCAUAUCAAUCAAUCGUUAUCGACACUUCGUAAUGUAAUUGAUGCAUUAUCUCGUCAACAAAGUCAUAUUCCUUAUCGUGAUUCAAAUUUAACUUAUCUAUUAAAAAAUAGUCUUGGUGGCGAUGCAAAGACAUUUAUGUUAGCAACAAUUAGUCCAUCAUCGACUGUUAUUGAUGAAACUAUUAAUACAUUACGUUAUGCUGGCCUUGCUUCAACAAUAACUAAUGUACCUCGAAUAAAAACUCCACAUUUACGACAUGAAAUUGAUGAAUUACGUGAAGAAAAUGCACGUCUUAAACAAGAAUUAUUUCUUGUUAAAUCUAAAUCAAUGCCAUCAAUACAUCCAACAAUAAAUAAAAUAACUUUACCACGUAUUGAUGAAUGUAUACAAACAAGUUUUCAACUUGAACCAUCAAUAUCACACGAAGAAUUAAAUAAUGAUGAAAAACUUGAUACUGUUGAUGAAGAAAUUUUAGCUCAAAUUGAAAAUCAAUGUCGUCGACCGAAAAGAAAACGAUUAUCUGAACAACCACUUCAUGAAAUUGCGAAAGUACGUAAAAUUGAUGAUACAAUGCUUCAUCGACGAUUGGGAACAAUUCUCAGUUAUGUUACCGAUGAUUUUUCAAUAAUCAAUGACAAUGGAAUUCUUGUUAUUUCAAAUGAAUUGAAUAUCAAUGUUAAAAAGGAUUCAUCAUCAUGGAUGAAUGCCUUAGAAACGUUCGAUCGAAAUAUUGAUAUUAAUUCAAUGACGAAAAAAGAGAUCAAAAGAAUGACUUCAAAGCAUGAAUUAACAAGAGAUCCAUCAGACACAUCGUCUACUUCAUUUCAUUUCGGACAACUUGUGUGGGCAAAAUUGGCAUCAGCACCAUUUUGGCCUGCUGUUAUAUUUACUGAAGAAAAUCAAGAUUGGAUUCGUCAUAAAGGAAAAUCUACUUAUGUGCAUGUUUUCUUUUUCGGUGAAACUGCUGAACGAAGUUGGAUUCAAACGACACGUGUUUUACCAUUUAUUGGACCAGAAAAAUUUAGUAGACAACGUAGAAAAUGGCGUCGUAAAAUGAAAAGUAAAUCACGAGAAGAACAAAGAUUAACAUUAAAAGAUAAAUCCAAUUUAAAUAUUGCUAUUAAACAAACAAUUAAAUUAUCGAAACUUUCAUUACGAAAACGUAUUACCAUUCUAAAAAAUGAAUGGUGGUAUUGGGAUGACAUUAAUCAACCAGAAUUAAUUAGUGAAGUACCUACAAAAGAAACUAACAUUGAAGAAGAUAAAUCAAUUCUAAUUAAAGAUCAAGAAAAUGAUACUGAAGAAAUUUUACAAUUAUUUAGUACAAACCCAGAUGAAUUAGAUGAUAUAAUUUGUUUAUCAGAUGUGUCUACAGAGAAUAAUGAAACACAAUCAUCUUUAAAACAUACAUCAUCUGUUUGUUUUCAUCCAUUAACAUCAUAUGAAGAAGAAACAAUAAUUCGUGAAAUGAUUUCCUCAUUCGAUAAUUCAUUUUUAGCAUGUCGUUGUCGUGCUGAAAAAGAAUAUUUACUUUGUAUUCAAAAAAAUUUUCCAUCAACAUCAAUUAUUUCAGAACAUUGGUUCUAUCUUUUUCUUUUUCGUCAUUGUGAAAGAUUAGCUCGUACAUUUCCGAAAUGGAUUAAUGAUAUGAAGCUUUUAUUAGAACAAUCUCCACUUCUUUCACCAAUGCAUCAAUCACAAAUACAAUCACUUAUUAUUUUGUUUAAACAAUACUGUAAUAACCAUCAACAACAGUAA